AUGGAACCCGCGCCAGCCCUUUUGCCCAAUGACAAGGUUGUGCUUUGGUUCGACUCCGACGAGGAAUGUAUCUCCAAGAUGAUGGCAACAUUUCUCACCGUUGAUUCCGCAGAGCAGUCGGCCAAGACGCUGUACUUCAUCGAUGCGAUGGACCGCUUCCCCAUUAAGGAGUUCUGCAGGCUAGUUCCCCCUAAGGAGAACGCCGCAGUGUACGAGAACGUGAGAAUAAUGGCAAGUCUCGACAUGGAAGAGCUAUCCAGCGUAGUGAGCCAGGUGGUAAGUUCGGCACAAAUGUCACACUCUACGCGCCUGCGCGACCCCUCGGCCCCCCAGCCCCAGGUUUGCGUGGUUAUCCGCGGACUGGAUGUUAUUUUCCGCAAUACAGCUCUUAAAGACCAGGCCCGUGCUCACUUGCUGCUGAAGGACAUAAUGCUGCGAGUGCGCAUGAUGGCUAACACGGACCCACUGUUGCUGAAAGCGGUACUGCUUUUUGAAGUGCAACAAAAGCCGCGCGGAAUAAACCUUCCGGGCUCAAACGACUCGAGCCAAAACGCUCCUCCACCAUCCAAGAGGCCUCGCUCUGACUACCGUUCUGGUGCCCCGAACAACCUGAACUCAAUCGCUGUCUACUUAAUGAAGUUCUAUGCAGAUCGGGUGAUAUAA